AUUGCAUUCGGCCUGUAGGACCUUCCCAAAAUGGCGAAACAACACAGGCGCGUCACUUCCUGUACCAUACCGGAUAUAAGGAACAGGAUUUCCGCUUUCGCUCCUUUCCGGCGGUGACGACCUCCCUACGAGAACAUGCCUCUCGCAAAGGAUCUCCUUCAUCCUUCUCCAGAAGAGGAGAAGAGGAAACACAAGAAAAAGCGCCUGGUGCAGAGCCCCAAUUCCUACUUUAUGGAUGUGAAAUGCCCAGGAUGCUAUAAAAUCACCACGGUCUUUAGCCAUGCACAAACGGUAGUCUUGUGUGUUGGCUGCUCCACUGUACUCUGUCAGCCUACAGGUGGAAAAGCAAGGCUGACAGAAGGUAAGUGGUCUCGCUUUUGGGGUUUUGGCCUUAGGAUCCUAAGGUGAAAGAUCGCGUAGAAUGCAAACCUUCAGGCUAAUAAAGCCUGCUGCACUCCUGUUAAAAAGUAGGUUAUUACUGGUAGUUCUGAGCAUAAAGCACUAUUGCUUAAAGUUGGGGUGGGCUAGCUUUGCUGGGUUUCCAGGUGGCUACAUAUGAUAGGGAGUGGUGACUAUAAUAGGGAUUAGCUAGUAGAAUUGAGAACACAUGUAGCAUUCUGCAGAUGAAACAGCAACAGUGGCAGGCUGAUGUAACAUUUGCACCUUUUUCUUCCAGGAUGCUCCUUCAGGAGGAAGCAGCACUGAAAGCCCCUGAUUCAAGAUGAGUGGGAACGUUCCCAAUAAACACAUUUUGGAUAUAUA